AAAAGUAAUUCUUGCCUUGCUUUCAAGACUUCAUGGACGCGCAAUAAAAAAAAGUUAUUUAAUAAUUGUUAAAAUAAAUUUAAUUCUUUGUCUUAUAUUUGUGCACCCAAAACUUUAUAAAAUCCGCCAAAAUGGCACUCGAACGUCCCUCACCAAUCGAUGUGACCGAUAUCCAAUUCAAAACCCACGACAGAUUCACUGUGUUCAAUCCAGGACAACUGCGGAGCUAUGUGAAUCUUCUAGCCACAGCCAGCAAUUAUAAUCUCAUGUUUGUGGGAAAUCCAAAUGAAGCUGAACUCAAAGUUAUCGUGAUAAAGGACCUCAUAGAAGCCAAAGCAUCCGGCAAAGGACUCCAUGCACGACAAGUUCAACUCCCCAACCAACCCAAUUGCCUCGCAGUCAGUAGCGAUGGGUCCAUGCUCGCUGUGAAUUACACUCAAAACGGCUGCGGUUUUGUGGCCAUUUACAGCGUCCCAAGCUUCACAAAAGCUAACAUCAAAUCACUACACCAUAUCCGUCUGCCUGGUGAUGAAAACAUCUCAGCCCUGCAACUCCUCUGGAACCCAGUAAUUGCAGGGAGUCUUGCCGUCGUCAUGAGCAAUGGAGCUCUCGGCAUGUAUGACUUCAAGAACAGCGCCUAUGAGUUUCACACCUUGGACAGCAAAGAGCAGAUUCUUUGUGGAUCUUGGAGUCCCAAAGGCAAACAAAUUGUCCUAGGUUCUCACAAUGGCAAACUAGCUCAAUACAAGCCUGACCUUAAACUAGCUCGUACAAUUCCCUGCCCACCGAACAUUCAUCCAGGACCAUUUGAUACCAUUUCGGUGCAAUGGUUAUCAACCUUCCAGUUCGCCGUUGUCUUCCUUCAACGUGCCGAAGACGCUACUCCAUAUCUAUACAUAAUCCAUGCUCCAAAAGCCGGAAAUCCCACCUAUACAAACUACUUCGACAUUUGCUACAGCUUCACAGGUCCUCGAGCUCCACAAGUGAACCUGAUGCACAUCCCACAAUGGAAUCUACUUCUUGUGACUUCGGCAAACGGAGUCGAGGUCGGAGUUUUGGGCACCAAGGAAACCAGUGAGGCCCCCACAUGGAUACAAUAUACCCUGCUCGAUGAGGCUCGGAUUGAAAUGCCACUCACUGAGAAGAGUGACGAGACCUAUCCCAUUGGAUUCACCCUGGACACCUCAUCCACCCAUCAAUUGACCAUUGCCGAGAAGAAGCUGCCCGUUAUGCCAAUGAUUCACGCCCUCUCCACCCAUGGACAGUUGGUUGCUUUUAAUUUCUUAAAUCUGCAGCCGAAUACUCCAGAUAUAUGUUCUCCACCUCCACCGCCAUCGGACACCUCGGGAAUGUCACAGUUUAAGCCUGUGAGUGAGAUGCUGGGUCAAAAGAAACCCGAGAUCACGAUGCCUGCAGUUACUUCGAUGCCUCUGGCUGUCGUCAGUCAACCACCUCCUGCAGCAGAGUUGUCCUUCGCUCCACUCGGAGGAACAACCUCAACACCAGCUUUGGAAAAACCCAAAGCAAUUUUUGGAACACUAUCUCAGCCAUCUGCUGGUGGAACGACGAUGUUUGGAGCCCCACAAUCUGGAUGGGCGCCUUCAUUCGCCCCGGUGGCAAGUGCUCCCACAACCAUGUUUAAAAAUACUGCUCCUGUGAAGACAACACCACAACCAACUCUCGGAUUUGGAGGAGCAGGAGGAGAUCUAAAGAAACCCCAGGAACAAGUUCAGGUCCAACCACCAGCGAACAUCAUGAAUCCCGAUAAAAAUAAACCUCUGCUCACUGUCCAGCCAACUUUCAACCCUCCACCGGCCAUAGUUUCCAAUCAAUCAGCUCCAACGUCUCAGACGCAACAAGUGGCAAAAUUACCAUUAAACGAGGUAGAUGACAUCGUCAACGAGAUGAUUCUCUUCCAAAUAACGUCGUUCGAUCUGGAGUUGAAGAAACUGGCCCAUCAAUCGAGAGGACUUCUCAAUAAUGUUGGAAACAUGGAAGAGAUGAAGGAAUACUCGAAGCGUUUGAAUAAUCUUCAGGAAAUCGUAGAUCAAGCAAACGAAAAAGAAUUCGAAUCCGAUUUGAGAUGUCUCCAUAAUUCCUUGAACGAAGCCUGCGCCAUGGUUGCCGAGUGUCGAAGCAAACUAAACAUGUACAAGUAUCCUGAUAUCGCAAUCCUAAAGAACGCCUCAAACUUUGAUCCAAUCAAUCGUCGGCAGUUGGCUAAGUUGCAAAGUCUUUUGGCCAACAAUCAGGCUCAGAUCCAAAUCAUACAAAAUCAAAUUGAUUCCCAAUGGUCCGACUUCCAGGACAUGGUCAAGCGGAAUUCCCGAACUCACAUGCAUACUCCGUAUCUCGAGGGAAUCUAUCAACGCAUGACCAAGCUGAAGGACAUGAUCGCCAGGCAGAGAACCAAAAUUAACUACUUCAAGUCUAAGUUGAAGCAGUAUGGACUCAUCUACAAUCAGCCUCAGAAUAGCUUGAAGGGCGAAGUAACUCUUGAAUCCCUAACGGACACAAUCCUCUCAAUGAGUUUGGGUCCAACUGUACAAGAGACAAACUCCAAAUUGACCAAAGAGAAAUUGGCGGCCUUGCGUGAAGUGAUUGCCAAUCGAAAGGUGACCAUCAUCAAGCCCCAGCGCCCCGAUCGAGUGGGUCUGAAGUCGGAGGUGAUUUUGGAGACAAAGAUGAAGAGUGACCGGAAGAUUCGAGAUGGUGCCGCCACGAACAUGGACAAAAUGGAGCAGGAGCGUAUUAGAAACGAACAGCAGCGCAUUCUGACUAAACCCACAGCCACCAAAGCAAUUGCUCCUCCUCUGAGUAUGUCAGCGAUCUCGCAGCAGCCGACAAGCUUUGGUUUCGGCGGAGAUCAGCGUCCCCUGUUGAAACCAAGUCCGACAAAGAUUGAGGAUUACAAGAAAGACCAACAGCGACCGCAGCAACCGCAACAACAACAGCAGCAGCCUUUUAUUGUAAAACCUGUGGCAUCAACCGCCGGACCGAUGUUCCUCAAGGCAGCUACGACACAAAAUACAGCAGCUGCGAUUCCAGCUUCAUCCAGUUCGUCGGCUUUUUCAGGCUUUGGAACUACAUCGAAUUCCGGGUCGAAUGGAAUGUUUUCGGGUCUCUCGAUAACACCAACGACAAUUCCGGCAUUCACAGGAUUCGGGACGAGCUCAACGUUGGCUUUUGGAGCUCCAAAGCCUUUGACUACGAAUCAAAUGGCUAAGGAACCAGUUGGGGUUGACAAAUCUGUGAAGGAUCAAAAGGAGAAUAAGCCAUUCGCAACGCCCAAUUUCUCUUCUCCUUUCGCGGCAGUUGCUCCAACAAAGACUGCCGAGCCGGUGGACAAGGAGAACAAGAUUCCAGACUCUUUUAUUCCUCUUGGAGGUAAGUCUGAGAGUUCCUCCUUAUCUACGAGUUCAGCACAGCCUCUGACUUUUGGUAUCGGCGGUGGAACAAGCGCUUCUACAGGAUUCUCCUUUGCCACUCCAAAUAAUGCUCCAAAGACGACCACAGCUUCAAGUGGAGCUCCAUUUACGUUCUCCUUCGGCUCGGCGACGACCGCAACCACCGCCUCGAAGACUCCGAUGUUUGGUGUCCUACCGAAACCAACACCAACAACAGCAGCUAUAAAAUCGGAAGUUACCACAGCAUUUUCUGGAGAGCAAGAGAAACCAGAGAACUUGGAUGGAGGCGAUAGCACUGGAUUCACUUUCAACUCCUUGAACCUUGGAACUCUGGGAUUGCCGGCUACUCCAAAUCUCUCUCCAACACCCUCAGUUUCAACUCCAGAAUCAAGCAGUGGAUCGUCUGUUACAGUUGUCAAGACAUCCACAGCUUCUAAUCCUGAUCCCACGGACUCACUUUUUGGGAACUUAAACAUCUGCAAACCCACAACCGCUGAGAAUGCUUUCAAACCUGCGUUUGGAGAUGGUAACAUCUUUGGGUCCAGUUCCUUUGCGACUGAGGCAUCAUCAGGAGAGAAUAAAUCCUUAUUUGAAGGCACUCCUGCAAGCAAAGAGUCGUCUGGUGGUUUUGCAGGAUUUGGUUUGACGAGUGAUUCCUCGAAGUCUGCUUUUGAACCGACGGCAACUGGAGCAUCCUCAACUGCGGACAGUACUGCUUCCUCCUUGACUACAACUUCCAUCACAACAACAACAACUACUUCAUCUACUAACCUCGCCCCAAAAACCACUCAGUCCAUAACGUUUGGAACCACCUUAGCGUCGUCGGUAUCGUCGUCCACAACCCAAGGAUCUAUUACCACUGGGCAAGUGGCAGCAAGUACAGCUGCUCCUCAGUCUGUCUUUGCCACGUCUUCAGCUGGAGCAACCUCGAUUUUCGCAGCGGCAGCAGUUGCCACAAGCACCACAGCAACAUCUGGAACUUCAUUCUUCGGUGGAACUGGGCUUUCUUUUGGAUCAGGAUCUACACAAGGUACUCCUUCCAUUUUUGGGUCAUUGAGUUCGAAUGCUCCUGCUCCUGCUGCUGCUCCAACAUCUGUUGCAGAAUCUCCAUUCGCUGCUAUAAGUCCAGCGGCGGCAACUUCGACAGCAGCGCCAACUUUCGGCACACCAGCCACUACUUCGGCUAGCGCUUUAUUUGCUUCGGCAGCGGCAGCAACAACGCCUACGCCUGUGUCGUCCAGCUCGGGGAGCAUUUUCGGUGGAAUACCGAAGCCGGAUCAAUCAGUUUUUGGUCAACAGCAGCAGCAGCAGGACGGAAAUGUUUUCGGCUCCCCCGCUAGCAACGAUCCAGCAGCUUCUGGGGGAAGUCUUUUUAGUGGGCAGACAACCGCUUUUGGGACUCAAGGCAAUGCAAAUAGUGGUGGUUCGAUUUUCGGGGGCUCCGCGAAUGCCCAACCGGCGGCGGCAAGUCUAUUUGGAAAUGCAGGUAGCAAUACAGGGGGAAACAUCUUUGGCAGCCCAACUCCCAGUUCUGCAUCGAAUGUCUUUGGAACUCCCACUCAGCCUGCAACGGCAUCGGGUGGAUCUAUCUUCGAUCAAACCUCGAAUGCUGGACAAUCAGGAGGUUCCCUCUUCGGACAAACCCAAGCUCAAUCAGGUUUCGGCUCGCCCACCAGCCCCUUUGGAGGUGGUGCUUCAUCUGGAGGAUCGAUUUUCGGAGGUGGAGCAAAUGCUGCCAAUCCAAAACCAUCAGCUUUUUCGUCUCCUGCUCCGGCUGCAUCUACAUUUGGCUCCGGCAAUGCUGGAGGAGGAUUUGGUUUGUUCUCUCAGACACCAGCCUUCGGCUCACCAUCACAGCCGAACGCAAACACUGGCGGAGGUUCAUUCGCUCAAGGUGGCUCGUCCAUCACUCAAACCGGGUUCGGCUCACCCAAUUCCGGAACGGCUUUUGCAAAGCCCGUUUUUGGCGGACAGCCAGCAUUCGGUGGAGCUACUGCCUUUGGAUCACCCCCCAGCUUCGGAUCAGCACCGUCUUUCGGUAGUCCCAAAGGUUUUGGAUCUUUUGCUGCACCCGCAGCAACCGGAGGAGCAUUCAACUCUCCGACUCAGAAUAACAAUUUGUUUGAGGCACUUGGUUCGUCUGACACUGGGCUGACAUUUGGCAAUUUGGCACAAAACAACAAUCCCAAUCAGCAGAAACCUGCUUUUGGAGGAUCUUCCUUCAUGAGUUAUCGUUCUUAAAUAGUAACAAGAAAAUAAAGGAAAAUUAAAUUUACUAUGCGUGGAAGUGUCUCGUUUUUUAUUUUACUGUUCGAUUUAAUAUAACUUUGUUUGAAAAAUAAAUACGUAGUUUAUAAA